GCUGUGAACGGGGAGCACCUGUGGCUGGAGACGAACGUCUCAGGCGAUCUCUGUUACCUGGGGGAAGAGAACUGCCAAGUCCGGUUUGCAAAAUCUGCUCUCAGGAGGAAGUGCGCAGUCUGCAAAAUAGUGGUCCACACAGCCUGCAUUGAGCAACUAGAAAAGAUUAAUUUCAGAUGUAAGCCAACAUUUCGAGAAGGAGGCUCAAGAUCACCAAGAGAAAACUUUGUGCGUCAUCACUGGGUACACAGACGGCGGCAGGAGGGAAAAUGUAAGCAGUGUGGUAAGGGAUUCCAGCAAAAGUUCUCCUUCCACAGUAAAGAGAUCGUGGCCAUCAGCUGUUCUUGGUGCAAGCAGGCGUUUCACAAUAAAGUGACCUGCUUCAUGCUGCAUCACAUUGAGGAACCCUGCUCCUUGGGGGCACAUGCUGCUGUUAUUGUCCCACCCACCUGGAUCAUUAAGGUGAAGAAACCUCAGGCUCUCAACACUUGGUCAAACAUCUAUUAUAUGGUGAUCUCCAUACCAGGAGAUGAACUUGAACUUGGUUGGGCGGGACACGGACCUGGUUGGGCGGGAGACUGGAGCCCCUCAGAGAAUUUGGGAUUCUUCCAUUUUUACUGGGAGGGUUGGCAGAACUCCUUGAAGGCUUCCAAUCGGAAGAAAAAAAGAACAAGCUUUAAAAGAAAAGCCAGUAAAAGAGGACCCGAACAGGAAAACAAAGGUCGCCCUUUUGUGAUAAAACCUAUUUCCUCUCCUCUCAUGAAACCUUUGCUUGUAUUUGUGAAUCCGAAGAGUGGAGGCAACCAGGGAACCAAAGUUCUACAGAUGUUUAUGUGGUACUUGAACCCACGACAAGUCUUUGAUCUUUCUCAGGAAGGACCAAAGGAUGCGCUUGAGUUGUACAGGAAGGUACCAAACCUGCGAAUUCUGGCCUGCGGCGGGGAUGGAACGGUGGGCUGGAUCCUCUCCAUCCUGGACGAGCUGCAGCUGAGUCCACAGCCUCCUGUGGGGGUGCUUCCUCUAGGGACAGGGAAUGACCUGGCUCGGACACUCAACUGGGGAGGGGGCUACACUGAUGAACCUGUUUCUAAGAUCCUGUGCCAGGUAGAAGAUGGGACCAUUGUUCAGCUAGAUCGCUGGAACCUCCAUGUGGAGAGAAACCCAGACUUGCCUCCAGAGGAGCUUGAAGAUGGCGUGUGUAAGCUUCCUCUGAACGUCUUCAAUAAUUACUUCAGUCUUGGAUUUGAUGCCCACGUCACCCUGGAGUUCCAUGAAUCCCGAGAAGCAAACCCAGAGAAAUUCAAUAGUCGUUUUCGAAAUAAAAUGUUCUAUGCAGGGGCAGCUUUUUCUGAUUUCCUUCAGAGAAGUUCUAGAGAUCUAUCCAAACAUGUUAAAGUUGUCUGUGAUGGAACAGAUCUCACCCCAAAGAUCCAGGAGCUGAAGUUCCAGUGUAUAGUAUUUUUAAAUAUACCCAGAUAUUGUGCUGGCACAAUGCCUUGGGGAAACCCUGGAGAUCACCAUGACUUUGAACCUCAGCGUCACGAUGACGGUUAUAUUGAAGUUAUUGGAUUUACCAUGGCCUCUUUGGCUGCCCUGCAAGUCGGGGGCCACGGAGAAAGGUUACACCAGUGUCGGGAAGUGAUGCUUCUGACUUACAAGUCCAUCCCCAUGCAAGUGGAUGGGGAGCCCUGUAGGUUGGCGCCGGCUAUGAUCCGGAUCUCCUUGAGGAAUCAGGCCAACAUGGUCCAGAAGAGCAAGAGGAGAACCUCCAUGCCACUGCUCAAUGAUCCCCAGUCUGUCCCAGAUCGCCUGAGGAUCCGGGUGAACAAAAUCAGUUUACAAGAUUAUGAAGGCUUCCACUACGACAAGGAGAAACUCCGGGAAGCUUCCAUUCCUCUGGGUAUUCUAGUUGUUCGUGGAGACUGUGAUUUAGAGACUUGCCGUAUGUACAUAGACCGCCUACAGGAGGACUUGCAGUCUGUUUCUUCUGGGUCUCAGAGAGUUCAUUACCAGGAUCAAGAAACCUCCUUCCCCAGGGCACUCUCAGCUCAGAGGCUGUCCCCUCGGUGGUGCUUCCUAGACGCAACUUCUGCUGACCGCUUUUAUCGAAUAGACAGAUCUCAGGAACAUUUGCACUUUGUGAUGGAGAUUUCCCACGAUGAGGUUUUUAUUCUUGACCCAGAUAUGGUGGUGUCACAGCAGGCGGGGACACCUCCAGGAAUGCCUGACCUGGUGGUGGAGCAGGCCUCAGGACUGUCAGACUGGUGGAAUCCUGCCCUGCGGAAACGCAUGCUGAGCGACAGUGGGCUGGGGAUGAUCACACCCCACUAUGAGGACUCAGAUAUGAAAGAUCUCAGCCACUCCCGAGUGCUACAGUCGCCAGUCUCUUCAGAAGAUCAUGCAAUUUUGCAGGCAGUAAUAGCUGGUGACCUUAUGAAGCUCAUAGAAAGCUAUAAGAAUGGAGGCAGCCUGCUAAUCCAGGGACCAGACCACUGUUCACUCCUUCACUACGCAGCUAAAACUGGCAAUGGGGAGAUUGUAAAAUACAUCCUUGACCACGGACCUGCAGAAUUAUUGGAUAUGGCAGACAGUGAAACGGGUGAGACCGCACUGCACAAGGCUGCCUGCCAGCGGAACCGGGCUGUGUGCCAGCUUCUGGUGGACGCAGGAGCAUCCCUGAGAAAGACAGACUCCAAGGGAAAGACACCCCAGGACCGAGCACAGCAGGCUGGGGACCCAGAUUUGGCUGCUUACUUAGAAAGCCGACAGAACUAUAAGAUCAUUGGCCAUGAGGACCUGGAAACUGCUGUUUGACCCUGGUGAACGGGCAGAGAGAACGUGAGCAAGCAUAUGACCCAUGCCCUCCCGGCCACUGGGCAGCUCCCCUGGAAGAAGCUGACAGCAUCCAUAGCUGCCUCUCUCCUGCAAGAAUCUAUCUGAGACCACACUACCAGGUUCUAAGGGCUACCAGGAUGUACAACAGGACAUGAGAGCCCAUUGAGAAGGAGGCAGGCUACCUGGAGAUUUGUGGAGUUCCACAAAAUUUGAUCCUUUUUGCUUUGAGCAAGUAGCAUGAACUUCUGUGUUCACCUGUCUAAUUUAUGUUAACGAUUCAAAGGAUAUUCAUAUAAAUGGCACUGCUCCGUCCUCCCCAUACUCAUUCCUCUUUCCCCUAUACCACACAAUUCUACUGUAAUCAUCCAUCAAUUUAGAAAUAUGGUAUCUCUUCUCUUUACAUUCAGUCUUUAUACCACAAGGUUGUCUGAAGGUCUUUUAAGCCCUCCUGAAUGUCUUGCAGAAAUAUAAGUGUAAAACCACUUCCAUUUUCAAGACUAAAUAUACCAAGACUACUUAGUGGCUUUGCAUGCCCCCUCCAACCCUUCCUGUUUCAUUAUAUAGGAUGGGAAAGUGCCACAUGGAUAAUGUCAACUUGAGUGCUCUGUCUCUGAGGUAUGGUGAGGUGGCAUGGGAGCUGUUUGUGCUUGGAGGUCCUUUAGAGAGGUUACCCGGGGUCAACCCAGGCAGUCUUGAAGGACUGUUUCAGCUUGGGCUGUUUGUACAGCUCCAUACUGCCUAUGAGUAGCCAUCUUUGCCUUCUGCUGCAGUAGAGAUGAGCCAAGGAUUCAAUAGAGGCCCAAAACUAGUGUGCAGAACCAUGUGACAAAGUGCUGGUUAAAUGGGAGGGUGGAAACCGUCUGGGAACUGUGGUUAUGGGCAAUGGAGCACUCUAACAACAUUUACUUCUAAGUUUUGUAGAGUGAUAUUAGAAAGCCACCUAAUUGACUUGAAAAAAAAAAAAAAACAAACAGCAAAGCAAAAGUAGCAACAUUAGUCAAAAUAAUAAACUUGACCAGGAAAACAGUCUUGGGGGCUUUGUCUUGAGAUAUAGCUGCUAAAAGGAUUCCAUUUUUGGCUUUUCUUCUAAGAAUUUGGUUUUCAUGACUUCAAGGAAGGUUUGACCCAAGGACAAAGCCUCUGUCAGACCGCCAGGAUGCCUGGCCCUUUCUGAUGUGCUUCACCUGUUACUUGUCAGGUCCUGAGGCCAUGCCUGACAACCUCAUUUUCCACGUACAGGGUCGUCUAGUGUUUGCUUUCCCUCCUUUGUUUCCCUCUCACAGACUUCUUGGUACAAACCACUGUGACAGAAAUGUCCACCUGCUACUGGAAUUACCACUUCUAAUCAUGCCGUGGAUCAGGUGGGGUCUGAUAAUUCAGUGAGGAGGAAAAAAAGUCUAACUUUCCAAAAAUCUACUUGACUUAAGUCUAAGUCACAAAUAAAAGUGGGGUAUCUGAAGGCUUUUCUUCCAACUUCCUUCCAUUUUGCUCUUGAACAGAGCAAAAUGCUUGCUUUGUGUUUUUUUGCAUGUGACUAUGAAUGGUCAUUUCUCUCUCUUUAAUCUAACAGUCCAGUGGGGACAAGUUGUUUAUCCAAAUCACAUAUCAUUAUUUUCAAAGGACACAUAUGGUAUACCAUAUUAAGUCCAAAUAGCCUUUCAGUGGGUAAAGUUUCAUUACCACAGACUUUCCAUAACCAUUUCAAGAUCAAACUGUUGCCAUCAUUUCCAGCUGUGGGAAAAUGGGUUGGCUACGAGUAAUGUAUUUCCAGGCAUCUGUCUCAGAAAUGGAGCUCUCUCUUGGAUAUUACAGUGAAGGAAAAAGGGGUCUGGAGUAGAUUGUUUCCAGGAGCUGGAAAAAUAAAUACUCUCCAAAAGAAUUUAAUCUCUGGGUUUCUGUAGUUUUUCAGUUGUUGGGGCUGUCAAGGAAAUAUUGUGAUUAAAAAAAUAUAGUCCUUAGACCAGACGGGAACCUGGCUUUGAAUGAUGCCUUCCAGCCCCUGGGUUGAGCCAAACGUUUGACCAAGAAGUUGGUUACCCAGCUGACCACUGCUGAGAUACGGGACUAUAUUUUCAUCAACCACCAUCUCACAUUUCUCUGAGAAUGCUUUAAAACAGUCCAGAGAAAAUGUAGGGUACAGGUGGCUAUGGGCCAAUCCAAAUAGCUCCAACUAAAGAUAUAAAGAAGACUGUGGCAUUAAAGUAGAUGAAAUACUGAUUACUUUAAGAGUCCUGAUGUAUCUGGGAAUUUUUUUGCUCCAGAGAAAAGAAAGAACAAAAGUAACAUUAGAUCCUUAUUUUUUGAUGGGGAGGAAUAUACGAUCUAUUUCUGAAAAAAAUAAAUGACUCUAGGACUUGGGUUCCCCCCCAGAAAAUCAAAAACAUGAGCUGAACACAUACAUUUAAUGAUUUCAACGUGAAACAUACCUCCUGUAGGAUAUUUUUAAAUAUUUUUUAUGCUGUGUGUGAUAAUCCUCAGCUAAAGCCAUGUAUGGUCCAGGAAUAUGGUAUCCCAUUUAGCUGGCCAUCAGGAUGUACAGAAACAAUUGUUGGGGUCCUGGUUCCGCAAACUUCAUCAGACCAAAAAAUAUGUAUGUGUACGCACAGAAGUGCCGCUUUCACACAGCCUGUGUUCAGCUCCUGUGCUGUGGUACUAUUUCCUUGGGAAUUUCACCUUAAGUUAGGAUGACAGAAGGAUGAAAAAUGAAGUGUUAUUGAAAGAUAGCAUUCUAUAACUGCAACGGUAGACUUUUUUGCAAACCUAUAUUACAAAGUUGUGAAACAGCACCAUUCUGGCUUUACCACAUUCAAGGAGCCACUAAGAGCAGGAGAGGAUUAGACAGUCAAGAAGGAAAGAAACUGCAGAACUGAGAAUGUUGCCUUGAGAUUUCUGGUUACCUUCAUAGAGGUGAUGACUGAAAUCCAGCCAGAGUUUUGUAGCAGAAUUCAGCUGCAAUGAAAUUAGUAACAACUGGAGAAAGGCCUUGUGCACCCUGCUGUUUCCUGCCUUCCCUGUAGCUGCCCAGGCAGGUUUGUCUGGUUGUAAGAUGCUCAACAGGACAUUUAUUUGCAUGGGGACCUAGUAAAGACCCCUGUGCCAAACAGAUUUCUGAGAUCUGUUUGCUAGAUCCUUAUGAUAUUCAUGUCUUAGAAAGCAAAGGGGAAGCAGUUUAUUACAUGUCAAUUUUAUGAACACAUUGUUUUCAUUAUGAAAGUAGCGCCUGCCUUUUUAAUUCCACAGGCAGUAUCACAUGCAACACCAAGGCAUGUUCUGUGCUGGUGUCCUGUCUCCAUAACACUGUCAACACUAAUAAACACAGCUGCUUGUAUGUUAUGUCCUAAGUGUCCUGCUCAUUCAUACACACAUAUCUGUAAUAUAUAUAUGCACAUAUCUAUCCAUCCAUACAUAUGUAGAAAUGUUUUUAUUUGUAUACAUACAUGGGCAUAUAUGCCACAUACAACACAUUUUAAAAGCAUGCUCAUCAUCUUUAUAUGUGUUUAACACUAACAGACAGUGAUUGAAAAGGUAACAUAAUUCUCAUUUAAUUUUUGCUUCCACCGUUCCUGAGUGUGGUUCUGUCCCUGCCUCUCUAUGGUCUCAUACGGCAGAGUCACAAAGUCCAUGACUAAGAAUUCCCCUAAUUGUUUGUAAGUUGCCAUCCAUGCUUCAUGAAACCAACCUUAGCCCUGAGACUUGUCCAUGCUGUUUUUGGAUCUCAAGUAGAUAAAAGAGAGUUCUUUCUUCUAUGAUCCUACUACUACUUUAAAAUUGAGUUUAAAAAGCCAACACUCAGUCAGCUUCCUAAUGAUAUUUAAUGAGAAUAAGUUACUGUCAGGAAGGGGUAGUUACUUGGUUAUGGUCUGGGGUCUGAGCAGCUUGUUUUCCAGUAGGGGCAACUAAUUAAAUCACCCAGAACAGCAUGAUAUUUUAUUCAGUUGUGCACUUUAAAAAUAAAAAUAGAUCUUUGUUAAAAUGGCUCAUCAUAACUAUCAAAUAAGACUGCUAAUUGCUCUACUUAACUGAAUUAUGUUCAUGUUAGGAAAAGAAAGUAGAAGAACAUGUAUUAAAUUAGCUCUCUGAUUAUGCUAUAAUAAUUAUUUAGUAUAAACUCGCUUCUGCCUACAUCUCAAAAACACUGCCUUUGAAUUUCUCAGAGCUUCUCAGCUCUGACCUCCACAUUCAGCUGAUCAAAAGUCUCCUUCUCUAUCUUCUAGUCAUCAGUAGUCUCCUGAUUCCCCAGGAUUCUGGCCAUGGCAACCAUCAUGCCAUUACUGUCCAUCAUUUUGUCACACAGCUGCCCAGAUGUUAUGACCAAAAUAUAUCCAGAUGAAAUUUUUCUCUGGGUCAAGUGUCCAUGUUGCACAAGUACAUGUCCACUGACCUUGGUCAUCUUAAGGAAUUUUGACAGUCUUGAUUCUGAGAAGUAAGCUAUGAGGUUUAGCAUAUAAUUUCUGUUCCAGUCACUCAAGAGAACACAAUCAUGGCCAUUCCUCCCAUAUUAAAUGAUGUGAGCAACAUGUACCUUUCACAUCACCCUGAGGACUAGAUUAAACAUGAGUUACACCCUUGAGGGCCAUCUGUGGAUUUUAGGCUGUUGAGGUAGUUUAAGGAGAAACCUAAAAACAGAAAUAAGCUAGGAAGUAGCACACUGGACAUUUCUGGGAUAUUGAGAUUCAUUAUACUGGUCCCAAAGAGGAAAAAGAGAAAGUAAUUCUAAGAUUAUUUAAAAAAAAUGUUUUACAGUAGAAACUCAACUACUGGAUAAUGUCUUCAUGAUGAAUAGACUCCGGGCCCUAGUUAACUGUAAGUUCAGUCAUGCCCAUACAAUCAUAUGUUCAUGAUCAGUCACACCUACAUGUAUUUGAACACUUCUUUCAAAAUAUUUAUCAUUUUUUCUGAUGCAGACAUUAUAUUGAGGACAUAGCUAUCUAUGAAUGCAAUAGAUAAAAUUGAUUUUAAGGAAUUAGCAAACAAGGAGCAAAAAACAGACUCGAAUAAAUGUCAGUUCUGUGCAUGGGAUACUCAGGGUACCCCAGCACACCCUGAAAGUUCAACAGAGGCUUUAUUGUGUUUGUUGCUCACUGGAUAGCAUGCUUUAGUUCUAUAAAAGCAAAAGUUAAAUAGGAAAGAAAUACUUUUAUUUUUGCAUUUUCUUUUUCUUAAAAUUGUGGUAAUGUUCUUUAAAAAGUUUUUGAAACUAAGGUUUUAAGAUGAAACUUAAACUUAAGAUGAGACACUAAUAAAGCAAAGGUUAAAAUUCAUCCCAGCCCUCAAGAGCAAACCCAGGGAUAAUAGGCAGAAUUUUCAGUGGGUUUUUAUUAAAUACAAAGAAGAUGAAGUAUGAAUUGCCAAGUCACACAGUGGGUAUCCUUACACAGUUCUAAGAUUUCAGCUCCUGGGAACAUUUAAACAGAGGUUGCUUGACUACUUUUAGGAGUGUCAUGAUUAGGGAUAUGUGAUUGAAGGGGGUGACAUUAGAUUUUAUAUUUUAAAAAGUUCUUUGCAAAUCAUUUGUUGGAUGGCAGUAUUUCAUCUUAAGAAUUCAUGAGAACCUUGGUUUCUUAAUUAAAACAUCACUUUAUAAAUGAGAAACUUUGAAAUCUUGAAGGGAGUGGCCUUUCGUUCUCCUUUAAAACAUUCUAAAACUAACUAAGUAUGAUUUCAAGAGCUCAAGAUAAAAAAGAAAAUACAUAAAGAACUAUAAAUUCAAAAUGCUUCUAGAGACAUUUUGGGAUACUGAUAAAUAUUUUUAGACAUUCUCAAAUAAAGCCCUAUUAGAACUCUUACUGUUCUUCCAAUAUAAAAAGUACUGUGACUUUUUAUUCUUAGGGUUAACUGUAAUCUAACCACAGAAGAAAAUUCUGCCUAAGGGAUAUUUAGGAGUUAAGUAAAUGUACAUGAACGUGAUCAUGGAAAAUUGCUUGGUUUCUGGUACCAGCAUGGUAAUUGGUAGGCAGGAAAUAGCCACAGAAGAAAGUAAGUGGUGAUCUGGGGUUUCUCUCUACUUCAGAAGUUUCAGCACCUGGAGAUCAGUGGAGUCUGAAUUGGUAGCCUUUGGAAGCAGCAACAGUUAGAACUUUUGUUUCUUAUCCCUUUAUUGAAACAGACAUAUGACUCAACAUGAAAUGAUUAAAAAAACAAUUAAAAUCUAUACUAUUAACAAUUUCCACAUUUUUUAAAAAGUUAGUGCUUUGAUAUUUUGAUGCAUUUUUGAUACUUUUGAGCUUUGAUAGUAAUACAACCCCUUGAAGGGGAUAAUGCAGGUAAUGAAUUCUAAAUGAAUAAACCAAGUCUUGACAUAGUGAACUCAACCUGCAGAUUCACACAGUGAUAGGAUCUCUACCAGAUGAGGGAUCUUUAGACUGACAGAGAAGCAGAGCCUACAUAGAGGCUUUCUAGGUAAAUGAAAUCCCACCGUUGCCAUCAGUGAUGUUUUGCACCAGUUGUUCAGAUUUCUAUAAUAAAAAGGUUUCUCUAUGGGGAAAAAAAAAUUUACCUAAAAUUCCACAGCCAGAGUUAAUUAGCAGUGAGGAAGAGCCUAAAAUCAGAACCUUGGAAUUUCUGCUACCAAGGGGCAUGUCAAUUUAGACAUAUUUCAAGCCCAAAAAUGUCAUGUCAAAACUUUGGAGAGUAUAAUGGAUUCCAUGAGAAGAAAUUAACACUGAGAAUUUAAUGAUACCUCUAUUUUAUUUGUGAUCAUUUUUUUAAAUACAAGUACUAUUUCCCUCCCUGGAGGCUGAUAUUUUUUCAGAGUGCUACACCAAAAAAUGUUGAGGCUGGCCCCCUAUUCAAGGUCUGAUUGAUAUGCUUAUGAAUAGGUAUAGCAACAAAGUUUAUCCUUCAUAAUCACGUACACAGAAAUUCAGACACGUAUGGGAAAUCAUGCUGUACUUGAAGUAGAAAAAAUAGGCAGUAUUCUCCCAGGAUCAUCUAUUGGCAGAUUGGUGUAAAUGGAUAUUUGAUCUGGAGAGAAGACAAGGUUAGGCUAGACUUAAGAUCGUCUGAAGGAGAUUGAUCGUGUGGUACUGUUAGAAUCCAGCUCUAAAGGAUAAACACCUUGUACACUAAACCAAAGACAGCACAGAACAAAAACAGGUGUGAAAAGGUGAUAGCUUUGUUAUGUAAAGCUUUAUGUUUCCAAACACUUCAUCUAUCAAAAUCAGCAGGGCUUCCUUGAAAAAGAGAGUUCUUUAUCACUGUUAAUGUUUCUUCUAGUAUUAAGAUUGAGCAACAAACUCAGAGGUAAUAUAAGAGAAAAUCCUUAACUGUGAAGGAACUUGGGGGCGAAAGACCUAUAUAAUGUUUCCCACAAUUAGUUUCCUAUUGUUUUAGGCUGGAAUAAAUCUCGGUGAGAGAUGAUCUGCCCCCAGAUUCCUGCCUAAAGGAUGGCAGUCUUUUACAAAAAAAUGAAAAAUAUGCCAUUCAUUACAAAUAUAGCCCAAAUCAUUUAGAAGCAGAGAUUUCAUGAUGACAAAAGAUUGCUCACAUACACACAUGCACUGUGAGAGUACACACACACACACACACACACACACACACACACAUACACACACAUAUAGAUAUAGACAGACACAUACACAUACACUAAGAGCCAAUUUUCCAAAUCUGAAUAAGAUGCAUAUUUCCACUAAAGCAAAACCUCACAAAUUUCAGAUCUAAAAUGAAAACAAUGGGUCUAAUAUUUCUUUUUUGUUCUUUCUCUAUUUGCUAUCCAUUUGUUUAGGGUUUAAAGUUGGGAUUGGGGCUUAGAGAACAGACUGAAGAUCUUGUUUUCUGGUAAUAAAGAGUCAGGGAAGCUUUUCUUUAUCUUUUUGUGAUUAAGACUUAUGCCUAUGUCAAUAGGCUAGUGCUUCCAUUAUGCUUCUAUUUGCAGGGAUUACAGUGCUAACCGACCAUUUUUCUUUUCAUCUGCUGUGGUAAGGUCUGUGUUCCAGAUUUCUAGUUGUCUAGGGGUGGAGGGGGUGGGGAGAGUCAGUAUUCAGAUAAUUCAAGAGAUUGAUCAUAUCCCUUUUCUCUCCUGCCCCAGUCCUUGCCCUUGGCUUGGGAAGGAAAAAGAAGAGCAGAGUUACAAGAAAAGACAAAAAAUGUAUUUUUUAAAGUCUCAGGUGUAGCACAGUAAGACAACUCGCAUUGGUGUGAGUUCUCAUGGCCUCUCACAAAUAACAGAUGAUCAGCAAAAACUGAUUCCUUCCCAUGAAAAUCAAACGUAGAAGACAUAUCUUUAAAUCAUGACUUCAAGGAGUAUACCUUGGAAAUUCCAUUUAUGCAGCAUAAUACAAUUAGAAUGUAUGUGAGUGUAUGUGGAACUUGGGGGGAAAACAGGAUCAGCUAAUGGAUGGACUUUCUGGUAGACUUCCUAAAGGGUGGGGAACAUUUUUUGAGAAUCUCCUUCACUGCUCACAUAAGGUUACACCUGCCCACAGACUUGUGGGGGAAUAUGCUAAUACUUGAGAAAAAUGAGGACAAUUUGAGUUUUCUUCACAAAUCUAAAUAUUUUUUUCUUAAAAAUUCAGAGUAAGACUGUAUGGGGGUGGUUUAAAUCAAGCCUUUUCAUUUUAAAAUGAUAGACAUGCAUUGUUUACAGGUGAUUCCUAUUUUUAAAAAGUAAAGCAACUUCAAAACACAGAAAUGACAGCCCUACAUCGAUUUACUCUUUUUGUUUGAAAUUUAUAAGUAGGUCUCACAAAUAUAUUGUUGAGAUUUAUAGCUUUGAAGACAUAUUCUGGUCUUGAUACUUACUGCACCUUGCAUAAUGAAUCCAAGUGGUUCUUAAGCUUUUGGGUUUUAUAACAUUUUCAUUUGCUCCUCCCACCCCACCCCCCAUCACUGGCAACAUUUGGAUGGAGUCACUAACCGCUAACUACAUUCAUGCAUAAUUUUCAGGGCAUCUAAUAUCUUGUUGCUUGCUAAUAUCCUGGUUGUGAGUUGGUAAAGUGGAACUCUUGCUAUUCUGGGGAGCAAAACGGAAUUUAUCAAAACAAAAUACUCAAAUGAAGUGGAAUAUUCUGAAAAAAGAUAUAUUUGAACAGACAGGGUCCAAAUUCACUCACACUUAUUAGCUUAGCUGUUUAUUUUUUUAAUACCCAAUGAUUAAGUGAACAACCACAAUGUUCUAUGGACCACAGUUGAUUCGAAAGUCUGGAAAGAGAUUCCUGUGAAGCACUAGGUACCAGAGGCCAAUCUCAGUUCCAUCCCAAUGAACAGUAUUUGAUGUAACUUGAUUUUCUGAGGGAAUAUGAUCCUCAGGUAUCCAGAGGACCACUGGCUGUGGGCAGGUCACUCACAAAGGUCACAAGCUUAUGAAGCAUUGCAGUUAGGUUAUAAAGGGCUCAUUCAUGCUUUCUGAUUCUGUCCCAUUACACCCCAGAGCCAUGCUACUGCCCAGCUGCCCACUGGCAGGUGAAAUUCCCCCAAAUAGCAGCAGCUGUGGCAGUAGAAAGAGGAAAUUUUAUUUCCAGUUAAAGUAGGA